GGCAUUCUUUGAAAACUCCAUUAUUUACUUGGGUAGCCGACUGCGACUGUGAUUGAAGAAAAUUUGUUCUAUUAUUCGAAACUUGAGUUCUUCUUGUUCUGUGUGAAUCAGUUCGUGUUGUGAUUAUGGCGUUCUUGCUUCACAAGAGUUCAAUAGCUGCUCACUUACGAUCUCAUUUCCAGAAGACGGAAGAUCCGGUUUCGCUUUCGCGUCGUAGGUUGCAUGUCGAACCAGGGGCUCGUGAGAAAGUUCUACUGGCUGAGGACCCAAUUCUUAAGAAAUUCAAGUCAAAUAAAGGUGGUGUGCAGCGGUUGAAAAGACUUGGAGAUGUUCUCACCAUUGUUGUUGUAGCAGCACAGGAGAUUCUAAUUUUGUUGUGGUUGGAAAAAUAGAUUCUCAACUACAGUUUAUAAACAGAUGACACUGCAGCCUAAGUUGGCUUAAGACAGAAAAUUUUCCAGUUCCUCAAGUUGACUGAAGACAGAAAAUUUCCAGUUAACUUUAAUUCACAUGCAUGUGUGCAUCCAUAUACCAUGUGACAGAUUUCCCGUCUUGAAUUUACCCAUAUUUUAUUCAAACUAGACCCUGCUGUAAUACCCAUGUCAUUUUGCUCCUGGGCAACAAAAUGCUUCUUAGUGUUUCAGUUGCUUUUUGAAUCUUUUGACUGAAAAAAUAUUGAGAAAUUGAAAUUUUUACCCUCAUUGUAAUCCGUGUAUACAUAAAUACCAUUCAUUAUAAAGCUUAAACAAAUAUACCACAA